AGAGAAAGAAUUCCAAUUCCCUCGACUUUUUUCUACUCUCAAGCAAAGCCAAAGCGCAGCAGCAGCAACAGCAACAACAACGACAACCUGCAGAGCUUCUGCUAAACUCUGAACAAAAUUGAAGAAGAAAGAAUAAAAAGAUGUUAAAGAGCAAUGUAUUCAACAAGAAAACGAGAAAUAACAGAAUAAAAAAGGAAGUUCGAGAAGUGUAUCUGCGGGACGACAUAUGGUGCGGAGCUUCGUCUUGCAAAACUUGCGACUCUUCCGUUGCUCGUUUAACUGCUUCCACCAUUCUCGUUGUCGAUACUAAUGUUGUUCUCAACCAGAUUGAUUUGCUGGAGAAUGCGGCGAUUGAUGACGUGGUGGUGCUAUCGGUGGUGUUGGAUGAAGUUAAGAACAAGAACGUGUCUGUUUACAAUAGAAUCAGAGCUCUUUGCAGUAAUUCUUUGAGGAGGUUCUAUGUUUUUUCUAAUAAAUUUCACAAGGAUACACAUGUUGAGAAAAUGGAUAAAGAAAGUCCUAAUGAUUUAAAUGAUAGAGCUAUUCGUGUGGCCACUCAGUGGUAUCAGAAGCAUCUUGGAGAUGGAACACGGGUUUUACUUUUAACUAAUGACAGAGAAAAUAAGAGGAAGGCGACUGAAGAGGGCAUUUUUGCCGAGACAAUUGAGUCAUAUGUGAAAUCAUUGGGUCUGCCGAAUUUGCUUGAUCUGCUGGUCCAACCUGCAUCUGAAGACGUAAACAUGGAACAUGUUGAAGAUUUGAGACCGUCAAAGAGGAAAGUCAUUUACCCAGAGCAUAAACCCAUGUCUGAGAUUACUGCUGGGUUGCGCCAUGGAAUAUACCAUCAAGGAAAACUUCGUGUUAACCGUUACAAUCCAUUUGAAGCAUAUGUUGGAAGUGAGAGUAUUGGUGAUGAAAUAAUCAUCUAUGGACGUACAAAUAUGAAUAGAGCUUUUGACGGUGAUAUAGUGGCUGUGGAACUUCUACCUCAAGAGCAGUGGCAUGAGGAGAAAUCCUUAUCUUUAGCAGAUGAAGAUGAUGAGAAUGAGGAUGAUGUACAUCUGGCUCCAAGCAGUGCUGAUGAUGCUCCUAGAACUUCAAAUCUUGUAACUGCUGGUGGUGAAAAUACUGUUCCUAGUCGUCCCUCCGGCCGUGUGGUCGGAAUCAUAAAGCGGAACUGGCAUUCUUAUUGUGGAUCUUUGGAGCCAAUGCCUAUGCCUGCUGGUAGUGGUAGUAUUGCCCAUGCCUUAUUUGUCUCCAAAGAUCGCAGAUUUCCUAAGAUUCGGAUUCAGACUCGGCAGCUUGGAAAUCUUCUGGAUAAGAGGAUAAUUGUGGCGGUUGAUUCCUGGGACCGUCAAUCUCGGUACCCUUCCGGUCAUUAUGUACGGGUCAUAGGAGAUAUAGGUGACAGAGAUACUGAAAGUGAGAUGGUCCUGAUUGAAAACGAUAUAGAUGCAAGGCCAUUUUCUGCUCAAGUUUUGGCAUGCUUGCCACCAUUGCCAUGGUCGGUGUCCUCUGAAGAUUUGGCCAGUCCUGUCAGGCUUGAUUUGCGACAUCUGCGUGUCUUUAGUGUCGAUCCUCCAGGGUGCAAGGAUAUUGAUGAUGCGCUACAUUGUAAAUCUCUUCCCAAUGGCAAUUUUGAAGUUGGAGUUCAUAUAGCUGAUGUAACAAAUUUUGUUCAUCCGGGCACUCCACUUGAUGAUGAGGCCUCAAAAAGGGGCACAUCUGUCUACCUUGUUGAGCGCCGAAUCGACAUGCUGCCCAAACCUCUGACGGAAGAUAUAUGUUCACUUCGAGCUGAUGUGGAAAGGCUAGCGUUCUCUGUUAUUUGGGAAAUGACACCUGAAGCAGAGAUUAUUUCUAAAAGAUACUCAAAAAGUGUCAUUAAAUCCUGUGCGGCAUUGUCUUAUGUUGAAGCUCAGGCUAGGAUGGAUGAUAGUCGACUGAUGGAUCCAGUAACUACAGAUUUGAGAAAUAUGAAUUCUCUGGCAAAGGUGAUGAGGCAGAGACGUAUUGAAAGAGGAGCCUUGACUCUUGCCUCUGCUGAAGUCAAAUUUCAAAUUGAUACAGAGACUCAUGACCCUCUUGAUAUUGGUAUGUACCAGAUUCGGGAAGCAAACCAAAUGGUUGAGGAGUUCAUGCUUGCAGCUAAUGUUUCAGUUGCUGAACAAAUCCUUACAACUUUUCCUCUGUACUCACUGUUAAGGCGUCAUCCUUCUCCAACAAAAGAGAUGCUUGAGCCUUUGCUGCGUACUGCUGCUGCUGUUGGCCUCAACUUGGAUGUUUCAUCAUCAAAAGCACUGGCUGAUUCACUUGACCAUGCUGUGAGUGACGAUCCAUACUUCAAUAAGCUGAUUCGGAUACUGGCAACGAGAUGUAUGACUCAGGCAGUGUAUUUCUGUAGUGGAGAUCUCACGCCCCCAGAAUUUCAUCAUUACGGGCUUGCAGCGCCUCUGUAUACUCAUUUCACCUCUCCUAUAAGGAGAUAUGCUGAUGUUGUUGUACACAGGUUGCUUGCUGCGUCUUUAGGAAUAUACAAGCUCCCACCAGUAUGCCAAGAUAGACCCCAACUUACUAGUAUUGCUGAUAAUUUGAAUUAUCGGCAUAGGAAUGCACAGAUGGCUAGUCGGGCCUCAGUGGAGCUCCAUACUCUUAUCUACUUCAGAAAACGGCCUACGGACACAGAGGCUAGGAUAGUGAAGAUAAGAUCUAAUGGUUUUAUUGUGUUUGUACCCAAGUUUGGCAUAGAAGGACCUGUGUACUUGACACCAAGAGGCAAGAAUGGAGGUGGGGAAUGGUACGUAGAUGAGCAGCAGCAGAAGAUUAUAAAGAUGGAUAGUAGCCUCUCUUACAGUGUUCUACAAAUGUUGAUGGUUCACAUGGAGGUUGUGGAGCCCCAGCCCAACCGGCCGAAACUCCAACUUACCCUCAUUUAAAAGUUUGGUAACUCUUUCUUCCCCUACAUUUUUAGCUGAAGAAGAAAAUACUAAAUUAAUGUUUGUGUCAAUCUCUUUUAUGAAGCUAGGGCUGUGUUUUAUCGCCAUGUGGUGUAAAGAUUUGGAUUUGGGGAUAGGUUGCUGUUCCAUAGGAAGAGGAAGUGCAAGUGCAAGAAUGUUGUAUCAUAGUUUUGUUCUAUUUAAACACCUUAUUCGUGUG